GUGGCCGCCCUCGACCUGGGCAUCAAGCCGAGCUCGGAGCUGAAGGUGGCGGAGAACGGGCAGCCGGCGGUGCUCUGGCUCUUUGGCGUCGACGACCAGCGCCUGCCCAUUCCCAAGAACUGCUUUGUCGUCUACCAGGGUCACACCGGCGACAUGGGCGCGAACCAGGCGGACCUGGUCCUCCCCGGGGCGGCCUUCACCGAGAAGCAGGGCACCUACCUGAACAUGGAGGGGCGGGCGCAGCAGACGCUGGCGGCCAUUACGCCGCCCUCGCUGGCCCGCGUCGACUGGCACAUCAUCCGCGCCGUCUCCGAGCUGGCCAACCACACGCUGCCCUACGAGAACCUGGUCCAGCUCAGGGACCGCAUGGCCGUCCUCUCGCCCACCCUGGUGCAGUACAACAAGAACGUGCUGAACAAGGCCGCCAAACCACCGACGAAGGGAAGUGGAGGUGGAGGUGAUCAGCAGCCGAAGGUGGUCAGCAAUGGAAAGCUGGUGCCGGUGAUGCGCGACCUGGCGGACUACUACCAGACGGACGUCAUCUCGCGCGCCUCCGCCACCAUGGCCAAGUGCGUCCAGGCGGUGACCAAGGAGAACACCAAGCGAAUCGCCAGAGACGGCGGAAAGGUCGCUCAGCAGGCGUAA